CAAUUGACAAGAAGACGACCAUGAAGUGAUUCGGAUUUGAAUGUAAACCGGAGAAGAAGUCAAAGCAAUCAUUAUUUGUAUUAGAGAUCUUCGUAUACCUCGCCACUAAUCGUACACUAUUGCAAACACACGAAAGAUCACGUGGUUCUUUAUGGGGAUAAGAUAAGAAAUACACUGAGAAAGUAUUCCAAAAGGAAAAAGAAUUUAUUAUUGCCUUGGUGUGAAAAAAGUAGGAUAACGUUAUUGAAUUUUCGCACAAUACCAGAGCAGAGAACGACAAGGAGAGCUUAUAGAAGAUUCCUCUGCACAGCUUACACACAGCCAGGAAGAAAAUAUUUCUAAAUCAAAAUAGAGAGAAGAUGAAAAAUCAAUAAGGUGGAAUUAUGAUGUUUAUACCCGAGAAAGACACACUGAUACCUGCAUAAGAAGGGCUUUGUUGGAGGUUUUUUAUUUAAUGGUGGUAUUUUCGCCAUGCUGGGAACAGCUCAGCAUCAGACGAUCCCAUAUACCAAGCCUAUGGUACUCCGUCCGGCAAAAGUCCGGCGUCCAAAACGGACCAACGAGGACCAAAAGGCGAACCCGACCAGCAACAAUGAGCAGAUAGAUCAGUUGGUUAUAGAUGUACCCGCUCAGAAAGAGGAGAAUCAAACCAAAGCAGUCGCCAUGACAAUGACAACGAUGCGAGCUGGUCUCCAGCGGGCGUACCUGGAUGGUUUAGAAUUCAUACGCAACAAAAUCUCGGAUGCGGAAAACGACGUGAGCAAAACGAGACUUUCUUUCUAUGGCUGCAAUGAAGCUGAUGAAGACAGCUAUUUGCAGUACCUAAAAGAAUGUAACGACCAUUUCCUUACGGCCAACAAUGAACUCCGGAGAAAGAAUAUAAAACUAGAAGUGAUUGAUAGCGAAAUGCGGAUUGUAACUUUACUGAAUCAGUUACGCGAAGCUGCGGAAUUCGACAAAGGUGAAAUUGCAUUUAUCACUGGUUUUUGGGAGAACAUAAAACACACCGUGGAAUCGUUCCAUUCGCUUGUGGAUAAAUUUCAGACAAAUGUUCUCAACAGACUUAAUCAAAAUUGUACGAGUUACAACAAUGCGGAUAUAAGUUUGGAAGUAUCGAACAGAUACACGGAGGAAAUCUCGGGAUAUAUCUCUGAACUCGAACGAGAACUGACGAAUAUGCGUCUGCUAAUGAAAACCUACGAUGGUGGACUCCAUCAAGAUUUGUUCUCCCAGAAUUCAAAGUUUGCAGAAAAAAUUCUAGUCUCUUGUGAUCUGAAAGCGUUUCCGAUACUUCGACUCGCUCCUGAUCUAGCGGAAAAGAUGGAGAAUGUUUGUGGUAUAGCCCGGAAGUGGCUCGAUAGGGACGAGCAGUACAUGUAUGAAGUGAAUAACUAUAUCAAAGAAACGAGAAACAUAGCCAAAAAACGAGAAGAGGAUUUGAAAAACCAAAAAGAGAAACAAAAGAAAAUAGAAAAGGCAGUUAAAACAGCUAGUAUCCUUUUGCACAGCAACAAAGAAAAACUUCAAAAAAUCGAAACUGAACUAAAUUCUCUGGAAGGUCAGUUAAAUGGUGUUAAACAGGAAAAGAAGAGUAAACAUGACGAGAAGGUACAGAAAUCCAGUAUGGCCGACUUUCUGUCCAUUACCAUGACCCAAACGCGGAAAAACUAUAAUCUUCAGAUGAAAAGACAACGUUUGGUAAAACAAGUUCGUGAAUUAGAGGAAUUUCUUAUUGGGCUAGAGAAAGAGCUUUCAAACGUGGAAGACGAGUUAAUGGUAAAAUCUCAGGAAAGGAUACUUAUAACCGAAAAGGUGGAAACAAGUGUCAAAACCUACGAUACGCUAAAAACGGAUUUUGAAAAAUAUUCGGAUAAUUUGGAGAAAUUGGAACAGGAAGUGAACAUUCUUUCGGGACAGCUCCUUCAGCUAGAAAUAAUUCAAACAUACAAAACAAGCCCUGAAAAUGUAGAACAGAUUUUUGAUCGUCCACAAACUGUGAAACUUGCGCCGUCAUUGAAAGAAAAGAUCAAACGGAAACGGAAAGGACUUCCGGUCAUGGAAAGUUGACACAUGUGCGUGAGCACAAUUGUUAGUCUGCUUUCAGCAUGAAUAUUGUUAGAUAACUUAUUCGUUUUAAGCAUAGUCAUACUGCAUUUUUUAAAAGAGCACCUUGCUUAUCAUUUUUUCACAGAAUGGUAAACUAAAUAUUGUUAUUGUUAUAUCUACAGUUGUUGGUUAAGAAAUUGAUACGUGUUCGUUCAACAGAUAUACAUACAGCUACAUCACAUCUCAAAAUCCGCAUACCUCAUGUGUAAUUGUGAAAUAUGCCAAAAUACGCAAU